UGACUCCUCUUCUCAAGCUCAACAAGUUCACAUAUCCUUAGCUGGGGAUAAACACAUACGAGUGUCAUGGAUUACUAGUGAUAAAUCGUCUCCUUCACUGGUUGAAUAUGGAACAUCACCAGGAAUAUACACCCUAGCAGCUGAAGGAGAAAGUACUGGGUAUAAGUAUCCAUUCUACACCUCAGGGAAGAUACACCACACGGUGAUCGGACCACUGGACAAUGACAAAGUGUAUUUUUACAGAUGUGGAGGAACAGGUCCCGAGUUUCAGCUCAAAACUCCACCUUCCAAGUUCCCUUUAACUUUCGCUGUGUCAGGCGAUCUGGGGCAGUCCGAAUGGACCGUCUCGACUUUAGACCAUAUAGGCCGAUGCAGCUAUGAUGUUCAUUUGGUACCUGGAGACCUUUCCUAUGCUGAUUACAUUCAAAGGCGGUGGGACACAUUCGGUAAGCUGGUGCAGCCUCUGGCUAGUGCAAGGCCAUGGAUGGUGACCCAAGGGAACCAUGAUAAGGAACACAUCCCCUUAUUUAAGGAAGGGUUCGAGUCUUAUAACUCGAGGUGGAAGAUGCCUUUUACAGAAAGCGGUUCUUCUUCAAACCUGUAUUACUCAUUUGAUGUUGCCGGAGUUCAUGUUGUCAUGCUUGCUUCUUAUACUGAUUAUGACGAGCACUCUGAUCAAUAUCUUUGGCUGAAGGCUGAUCUUCUCAAUUUAGAUCGCAAAAAGUCGCCAUGGUUAGUCGUGCUAUUCCAUGUGCCAUGGUGUAACAGUAAUGUAGCCCAUCAAGGGGAAGGAGAUGACAUGAUGGAAACAAUGGAGCCUUUGCUUUAUGAUGCCGGUGCAGACAUCGUGUUUGCUGGCCAUGUUCAUGCUUAUGAACGAACGAGCCGAGUCUACAAUGGCAAAAUCGAUAUAUGUGGCCCUGUCCAUAUAACCAUAGGUGAUGGAGGGAACAGAGAGGGCUUAUCAACCGAUUAUAAAGAACCACAACCAGAGUGGUCUAUGUUCCGUGAAGCUAGCUUUGGACACGGCGAGCUCGUGAUUGUGAAUGCAACUCAUGCAUAUUGGAGUUGGCAUCGCAAUGAUGACGAUGAACCAGUGAAGUCUGAUGAAGUGUGGAUGACUUCAUUGAGUGCUUCAGCGUGCAAUGACGUAGGCGGUGGUCAUUAAUGGAGGGAGUUCGGGUGGCCCUCAUUCUCAACAAUCAACCAAAGUGUCCGUUCAUCACAUAGCUUACACAGAAAGUCAGAAAGGCAGUAGUUUGGCAUGUUCCAACCUGCUCCUUGAUGCGUCUCUAAGGUUGUUUAGAAUCACCUUUUUUAAAGGUAAUUUGUAAAAAUGGACAUAUAGGGGAUGUUUGGAAUUGAUUCUGCUUCUGCUUCUUUUUUAAAGCAAAAGCAGAAUCAGAAUCAGUUUUCAGAAGCUGUUCACCCCCAGCUUCUAAAAAAACUGAUUCUAGGAGUAAAUUAGAGCACUUCUGGUUCUGCUCCCUGAAGGAGCAGAAGUAGUUUUAAGAAUCAGAUCCAAACAUCCACAUAAUUCACAUAUGACAUGUAACAUACUAUGUACGGACUAUAUGAUUUAUUAGUAGUAGUUUCAGACAUGUGUGGCUAUAUAUUGUUUCAAGAAUCCUACAGUCACCGUUCUUUGACUUAAACACAUCCUGUUGCCUUAUUUUGACUGAUGGUGC